UAUUUUGAAGAUAUCUUUUACUCAAUGACGUCAGCGCUGUGCGGGGAUGCAGCGGGUUACCAUGGUAACAGCAGCCUCCUCUCCCAGCAUGCAGCAGCAGAGCGCCGCCCCUCUCAGUGCGGCAGCAGGUGGAAGUGCAGCAGGGUGGAGCAGCAGACAGACGCACCGCAGCCAGGAGGAGUGAUGAUGGAUGAAGACUCCGCCCCCCUAGGAGAAGGCCCCGCCCCUGAAGAGCAGAGCAUGAUGGGAGAGAAAGCAGCUGUGAAGGAAUCUGCUGAAGAGACUGUGAAGGCCUCCAGGGCAGCAGGAGGCGCCAGAGCCAGCAAGAUGAUCUCUGCCAAGAGUUCAGAGUCUGUAGACGGAGUCAGUCCAGGAAGUCGUUCACCUGCGAGCCGCUCGUCCACUCCAAACAGAGAAGUGAAGAAGGUGGCAGUGGUUCGAACUCCUCCCAGGUCUCCUGGCUCUGCUCGUGGACGGACGCCCCCCCUCCCCUCCCACCCAAUGCCCGACCUCAGCAAUGUGAGGUCAAAGGUCGGAUCCACAGAGAACCUCAAACACACACCUGGAGGGGGCAAGGUUCAGAUCGUUCAUAAGAAGUUGGAUCUCACUAAUGUGACAUCAAAGUGCGGCUCCAAAGACAACAUCCACCACAAACCAGGUGGAGGGAAGGUGGAGAUUAAAUCAGAGAAGGUGGAUUUUAAAGCCGUUCAGUCUAAGGUCAGUUCUCUGGAGAACAUCACUCACAUGCCAGGAGGAGGGAAGAAGAAGAUUGAAAGUCAGAAAUUGACCUUCAGAGAGAACGCCAAAGCUCGAACUGACCACGGUGCUGAAAUCGUGGUCCAGUCUGACACCUCCCCUCUUCGCCUUAGCAACACUUCCUCCCCUGGAAGCCUUAAUGCUGCUGAAGCUCCGCCCCUUGACACCUUGGCCGACCAGGUGUCUGCCUCCCUCGCCAAACAAGGCCUGUGAUUGGAGGAACCCUGUGCCUGCCGAGCCCGCCCCCGUUACCAAGGAAACUACCUAAUGAAAGAAAGAAAAUAAAUCAUCAUUCUGUCUUUUUCCUCAUCACUUUCAUCUAACACCACAGUCAGGCUUGGAGAGAUUUUAUGAAGUUAUGAAGCAAAGUGAAAAUAUUUGAGAUCUAUGAAGCUGUUGAGUUUUGAAAGAAGCAGCUCUGUUUCUAUUGGCUCAGUUAGCUGAACAUGCCAUGUGAUGUCUGCCACCAAAAGAGGAACAUUUAUGGGUUCUCAACAGUCACAAAAACCUGAAAGCUAAAGACCUGCUGUGGAUAAAAAUCAGGUAUCAAGACAUCAGUUGAUACAGUCGCAGGUUUCCUGACGGUGAGGAACCUCCUCAGUAGGAGCAGGAGGAGAAACAUGAGGCUUCAUAACUCAAACAUGAAACACACUGAUGUCAUUCAGUGUGACUUAAACUUCCUGAGGAUCAUUAUCUCUGAUGUCAUCACCAAUAAACCUCCAUAAAUCCACUUAGAGGCUGCAGAACAACCUGAGAAUCAUCUUCAGUAUCACAGUGAUAGUUUCUGAACGUCAUGUUACAGACAGCAGCUGCUAACAGCUGAUUCACUGAAUCCAUGGCAACAUUAUACUUCCUGUUUACAUCCCCAAAAGCAUUAUGGGAACUGAAAGCGUGAUUAUUGCCCAUAUUGAAGUAGGACAGGAACAAAGAAUAACAGCUGAGACAAACAAAAUCCAUGAAUAUGAACAUUUUUCAAUAUUUUUAUGACAUCAGUAACAAUCGUAUAUUCCUGGAAGACUGAAGCACAGAUCUGACCUGAGAUCACACCACAGCCUCACACUUAUUUAUUUCAACAGAUAAGAUGAUUCUUGGUCAUUUUUCAGGUUCUGAAUUCACUAAAAGGGAAAUACUGACUUAAUUUAUAUAAUGAUAUAUAUCAAUUGAUAUGAAAAUGUUAUUGUGAAUAAAACAUUAACCCAGCUGUACUUACAGGGUUGUGGAGGUGAAUCAUGUCUUCAUCAGAGAACAAGCUAACCUAUGCUAACUGCUAACUAGCCUGGAUUAGCCUUUUAGCUUCCUUCAAAAAAUCCCUCCAAUCACAUAAAAUCUGUCUCUGUGUUUUCUGAACACUGACGUGCUGUACACCCCUCUGACGACCCUUCUGUCAUAAAAAACUACCCAGAAUGCAGUUUGAUCUCUGUCGGCUAUUAAAGUGCUUUGUACCAAUAAAGUUUCUCUUGGAUCCGA